CUGGCCGUGAAGCCGCACAUCAUCCCCUUCAUCCUGGACGAGAUUGGCGCCGACGUUGAAGAUCGGCACAUCGUGGUGUCGUGCGCGGCUGGUGUCACCAUCAGCUCCAUUGAGAAGAAGCUGACGGCGUUCCGGCCAGCCCCUAAAGUCAUCCGCUGCAUGACCAAUACACCUGUCGUGGUGCGGGAGGGGGCCACCGUGUACGCCACGGGCACCCACGCCCAGGUGGAAGACGGCAGGCUCCUGGAGCAGCUCAUGAGUAGUGUGGGCUUCUGCACCGAGGUGGAGGAGGACCUAAUCGAUGCUGUCACGGGGCUCAGUGGCAGCGGCCCAGCCUAUGCGUUCACAGCCCUGGAGGCCCUGGCCGACGGCGGCGUGAAGAUGGGGCUUCCGCGGCGCCUGGCCAUCCGCCUCGGGGCCCAGGCUCUGCUGGGAGCCUCCAAGAUGCUCCUGGACUCGGAAAAGCACCCUGGCCAGCUCAAGGACAACGUCUGCUCUCCCGGUGGGGCCACCAUCCAUGCCCUGCACGUGCUGGAGAGCGGGGGUUUCCGUUCGCUCCUCAUCAAUGCCGUGGAGGCCUCCUGCACCCGUACACGGGAGCUGCAGUCCAUGGCUGACCAGGAGAAGGUCUCGCCGGCCUCCAUCAAGAAGACCAUCUUGGACAAGGUGAAGCUGGAGUCUGCUCCAGGGUCCUCGCUGGCCCCUUCCGGCCACUCCAAGCUGCCGCCCCACAGCCUGGCCCCGGCAGGCAAGAGGAACUGAGGUGCCGGACAAGCCCGCGCUGCUCUCCCCUCCUCUUCCCUCCUGGGCCUGGAACCCUGAGGCUGUGUGUUCUUAGCCCCAGGCCUCAGUGUGUCACCGCAGGGGCCUGCCACCCACGACUCUGGUCAGCUCGGGGGUCAGCUGGGGUUGUAACCCAGGAUGGGGCACAUCACUUCCCAGUGGGAAUCUCCAGUCACUGAGGGCUUCCUCCCCAGAACAGAGCUGGAUUCUCCAACCUCAGCCUACCUUUCCUUUGCCCCCACACCGGGUCAGGAUCACUUCCUCUGGAGCUCAGGAGGCCUGAGCUAACUCCCCAUGGUCAGCUGGCUUGGGGCCUGGCCCCUUGCUGAGUACAAAGGUCAAGUCCCCCUCCCCCAUCCCGCACCCCCGACUCCCGUGAAGGCCCAGCCAAGGAGAGAACUUCAUCCCACUCCUGUCCCUUCCCCGACCUCCACUUGGGGGGAUGCCUCGUCCUCCGUGUGAGAAGGACCAGAGGGUUUCAGUCCAGGGAGCAGGACCACUGCCCCUUAUCUCCGUUUGGCAUUUGAGAAAAGGGCUCUUCGAUAGUCCCGACCUUUAAGGCCCCUGUCUCCCAUUCCUGACCCAACUUACAAGCCUGUCACUUCUCUCUUGACCUUUUAGGUUAAAUACAUUGGUUUCCAAGUCAG